GGUGCCUUUGCAACACCAGAGCCUUCUUAAGGGGAGCCGGGCCCGUGCUGCCCCCACCGCCUGUCCCCGGCCGCUCCCGACACCUGCUCGCACCUGACCAUGUCCCUGGCGGAGGCCAUCAGCCUCUGGAAUGAGGGGGUGCUGGCGGCUGACCGAGAGGACUGGAGGGGGGCCCUGGCCGCCCUCUGCGCAGUCCAGGACCCGCACUCCCGCAUCUGCUUCAACGUGGGCUGCGUGCACGCCAUCCUGGGAGACCUGCCUGAGGCAGAGAAGGCCUUCACCAGGAGCAUCACCAAGGACAGGCACCUGGCCGUGGCCUACUUCCAGCGGGGGAUGCUGCACCACCGCACGGAGAGAUACGACGCAGCCAUUCAGGACCUGAAGGAGGCCUUGACUCAGCUGCGGGGGAACCAGCUGAUCGACUACAAGAUCCUGGGCCUGCAGUUCAAGCUGUUUGCCUGCGAGGUGUUAUAUAACAUCGCUUUGAUGUACGCCAAGAAGAAGGAAUGGAAAAAGGCGGAAGAGCAGCUGGCGCUGGCCCUGAGCAUGAAGUCCGAGCCCAGACACUCCAAAGUGGACAAGGCCAUGGAGUGUGUCUGGAAACAGGAGCUGUACGAGCCCGUGGUGAUCCCCGUGGGCAGGCUGUUCCGGCCGAAUGAGCGGCAGGUGGCGCAGUUGGCCAAGAAGGACUACCUGGGCAAGGCCACGGUCGUGGCGUCCGUGGUGGACCAAGACAGCUUCUCGGGGUUCGCUCCUCUACAGCCUCAGGCAGCUGAGCCUCCGCCCAGACCCAAAACUCCAGAGAUCUUCCAGGCGCUGGAAGGGGAGGCCCACCGCGUGCUGUUUGGGUUUGUGCCGGAGACGCCCGAGGAGCUCCAGGUCAUGCCAGGAAACAUCGUCUUUGUCUUGAAGAAGGGCAGCGACAACUGGGCCACGGUCAUGUUCAACGGCCAGAAGGGGCUCGUUCCCUGCAACUACCUCGAACCCGUGGAGCUGCGGAUCCACCCUCAGCAGCAGUCCCAGGAGGACACCUCCCCGGAGCCCCGUGUCCCAGCGCCUCCCAGUGCCAGUGCCCCUGGGAGACCCCACCCGUCACCAGGUCAGAGACAAAAGGAAGAGCCCCAGGCAGCCACGCGUGGCGUCCCCGUGCCCUACACGCUCAAGGUGCACUACAAGUUCACGGUGCUCCUGGAGACGCAGCCCCGGCUCCCCUACAGCCAGCUCCGGGACGCCGUGGCCAGGAAGCUGGAGCUGGCGCCGGAACACACGAAGCUGAGCUACCGGCCUCGGGCCGGCCCCGAGCUGGUGCCCCUGUCGGAGGCCAGCAUGGCGGACGCCUGGAGCCACGUGGACAGCAGCUGCCUGACCCUGUGGUGUGAGAACACAGUGGGUGACCAAGGCUUUCCAGAGGAGCCCGACGAGAGCGAGCUCUCCGAGGCUGACGACCGGACCGCGGGACCGAAGAUUCGGGAAGGCAGCCACGUGGUGGCUCGCUUCCGUUAUGAGGCCAGCCAGCCGGAGGACCUGGAGCUGCUGGAAGGGGACCUCGUCCUGGUGCUGUCGGAGGUGAACGAAGAAUGGCUGGAAGGCGAGUGCAGGGGGCAGGCUGGCAUCUUCCCCAGAGCCUUCGUGGAAGAACACGCACCCGCGGAGCCGCAGGGCACGCCCAGCCCAGGCACAAGCCGGGGAGCCCUGUUGGCUUCCGAGACACCACCCUCCUCCCUGACGUGA